AAAUCAGAUGAAGACAAGUCAGGAAAUCUUCCUGUCCGUUGAUCGGCUUGUCAGUCGAAUGAAACUGCCUCCACUGGUAGAAAGUUGCGAGGUGAUGUGGCCUACCAAACAAGAAAUAGAUUUGAUACUCCCAUCGUACGAGGAAGAUUUGCUUUCACUAGGCGCGUUGCUGGGAAAGCAUUUAGUACUACUACUCGAAGAAGUCCCGGAGAAUAUGAUGAAACUGCAAACGUCUUUUAUUGCCUGCUGUUAUGAAUCGACGGCCUUUAUUCUAUCCGAAGAGAUCGGCGAGAUUCAGCAAGCUAUACGAGAUGAAUAUAUCUGGAAACAAUUGAUGUUUCGAUCAGAUAGCAAAUUGACGGUAUAUGGUUUGAUUACGUAUUACAGAAAAAGUCUACUGAAAGAAGAUUGGUUCUUCCAAUUUGGAGACCUCUCAAGCUUCUGGGGCUUCGUAUGGGAGUUAAUGGCAGUCGAUUCGGUGCAAAACUUCAUUGAUCGAGUAAUUGUAGAUUUGAUCGAGCAGGUAUGCUUCAAACUUAUGCGAUCUAAAUCGAUUCAGUUGCUCGUUAAAGGCAUGAUGCUCCUAGAGGAAUGUAUCUAUAAGACACGAAGCUGCUCACUGGUAUACUACGAAAGAGUCUACGAAGAACUGCUGGUUAACACGUGGCGUAUGUUUGAAACAGACAAAAGAAAUCAACAAAUAUCCAUUGUUCUAGUGGCCGCUCGGUUCGAAUGUGUCAAAGUUAGUGAAGUGGAUCGAAAUCACUUGCUAACGCUUGUUCAGGAUUUUAAACGGUGGAGUAAAACUGACGUUUAG